ACUGAGAACCCACCAGGAUAUUUUCCGUCAUCUCCAUUUCUCUCCACGCAAAUAACAGAGAGAGAGAGAGAGAGAGAGAGAGAUAGAGAGAGAGAGAAUGGUGGUAUUGAACUGCUACCUGACGGUGACCGCCGCCGCGUCUACGCCCAUAUCUCAAGACUCAGGCGAGGCACCGUCGCAGCCAAGGCCGACCAAAAUUGUACUGCCAAAGAAGAAGCCAAUGAAAUGGUCCACCGGGGUGGCACCGGGGGAGUACGGCGGCCCACCCACCACCACCAAGCUCCGCAAGUACUGGGGCGGCGAUGAGGACCCUCUCACCUCCGAUGAUUUUAUAUGGAACAAAGAAUUCAUGGACCGUAUGAAGAAGCUCAUUCAGGACCCUGCUCAAACUGCUUCUAAUCCCCCCUCUGCUCCUCCAAAGGAAGAGGAAUCUGGAUUUCUAAGUAUAAACCGGGUCAUGAGCCUUGACAGCAUGGAAGUUGAUUUGAGCAAGGAACUUGCAGCACCUUCGAGACCUUUCCUAGAAGAAAAAGCUGAGGAAACUCGAACUAGCAAAGGCACGUCUCGGAAAUGGAGACCGGCUCCAACAAAGCGCGAGCAAGAGAAGUGGGAGAAAGCUACCAAGGCAGCCACGGGUGGCAGUGAUGUGAUGUUCAGAGAGGUGAGGCGAUCAAAAGGGGACCCCAAAGUAUUGGCGGCCCAGUCUGCUGAGCAGUAUCUUAAGUUGAAAGAAAAAAUGCAGCUGCUCACCUUAGGCAUUGGCGGUUUUGGUCUGAUAUCAGCAUAUGUUUCUUAUUCUCCUGAAAUUGCAGCGAGCUAUGGUGCUGGGCUGCUUGGUUCUUUGGCGUAUAUGCGCAUGCUUGGAAACAGUGUGGAUUCCAUACAAACAGAAGGACCUAGAGCGCUUAUAAAAGGAGCUGUUGGGCAGCCGAGACUAUUGGUUCCUGUUGUUCUGGUCAUGCUCUAUAACCGAUGGAACGGGAUUGUAGUGCCCGAAUAUGGACUAAUGCACCUUGAAUUGAUACCAAUGCUCGUUGGGUUUUUCACAUACAAGAUUGCGACUUUUGUCCAAGCCAUUGAGGAAGCGUUGACGGUUACUGGACCCAAGACUGAAGUAUAACUAUUCCGCACGGUUUGGGACACAUCCAAUGAACUCGAUGGUCAAUGGAAGGCAGAAGUUUUAGGAUUCUGCAAAAUGGGGAAUCUGAGUUGACAUCUCUAUUGUCUCCUCAAAGAAAUCGUCGAGUUUGGGGGAUCUGAGAAUGCUACAAUGUUUAUUUAUCGAAAUGUAUAGCUACAUUGUUUAUUUAUCAAAAUGUAUAGGUGAAGAACAUAAUUAGAAACAUGAAAUAUUCAGACCAUAAAGUUGUAUGUUGAUGUAAUUCAU